AUGCAGCAGACCCUCUCGUACUCAUCAUCAUCAUCAACGCCAUCGCCAUCCCCCGAUGCCCUCCCGAUGCCCACGCCAGGAGCAGGAGAAGCACCACCGAGCUCCAAUCCCAAACCGACGCCCAAUCUGAUCCCGACACCGCAACCAAGUCCCCGUGCCCGUCCCCGAUCCACUGGCAGUGGCCGCCUCCAGCCGGCUGUGAUCCCGGUGGACUAUAGCUAUCGCACCCACUCCCUGCUCUCCGGCCACUCGAUGGCCCCCUCCACGUUCGCCUCCAGCCUCCAGAGCUUCGGUGUCCGUCAGCCCGAGUCCGAGGCGGAUCCCCAAGCGUACAGCAGCUUGUUCGGUGACCCGGUGCCGCCACCGUCGUCUCACCUCCACUCCGAUGACUACUUCGGUUCGGCGGCCUUUGAGACGCUGCGAAUGGGUUCGGUGGAGGUGCCCAGUUCCGAGGAGGAUGCCCUAGUGGCUGCCAUGGCGCUGAAUGCCUUGAUUCCCGGUGCCAGGGAGCGCAUCUUUCCGAGCGUUCCCUACACGAGGACAACACCAAGGGGAUCAAUGCUGCCGCAUCUUCAGCCACCCGAUAUCCAAAUCCUGCCCAACUCUAGCGGUGGCUCCAGUACCGAGCAAUUAGGCUCACCCAAUUACCUGCUCCUGGCCCCCGAUGAUAUUCUCAACAAACCGGACAUUUACGACCUGGAGAAUGACAUCGAGGAGGAGUACACUGUGGUGGGUCAAAGGCUGUCCUUUCAGGAUGAGAGGGAUGGAGAGGAGUCGGCAAGGAGUCCCAGUCGGCAGGAAACUACAGCCAAGAUGAGUGUGUCCAGCAUUAAUACAGAGGAUCACAGGGGCCUGCUCAGUGAUUCCUACUCCAGCCGGGAUUGGUUCCGUCCAGCGCCACAGCACUUUCCCGAGUUCACGCGCAUUCCCCGACUGCGGCCCAGCUCCAAGAUGAUUAUGUCCAUGAAGCAGGACGAGGGUCCUCUCUCCCCUUUGGCCACCAUGAUCCAGGAUAUGAAUAGCUCCAGCAGCGGCGGGGAGGAGCGUGUUGCGGCUCCCACUUCUGCCAAGGAGAAGGUUUCAGUCCCAAAGGACGUAGUCCUCUCCCCAUUGCAAUAUUUGGAGGAGCAGAUGGGCCGGGAAAUGGGUCAGUGUCACAGGCAACGCCUGGGGGACUAUGGCCUACCUUCACCGCCAACUGCUCCGCCUCCUCAUUGUCACAGGACGACGCAGGAUCAGAGCGAUGAUCACAGCUUGAAGAGAUCCAUGUCGCCUAUCAUCAUCAGGGAUUCCAUACCCAUGGGAGGGGACUACAGAGUGGACCAACCGCGGACCCACAAGAAGACUGCUUUCACCAUUCUCUCCUCGGGUCAGCCAGCGGCGACGGCAACUCAGAGGCCAGCUGCCGCCACAAGGCGACACGCCUCCAUCCAGUCGACAUCGACGACGACUACCUCAUCGCCGGCAGGAGCGACCAGGCCGCAGGCCAGUCCUCGCCGGAGAUCAGUCUUUCCAGCUGCAGAUCCGCGCCUUCCCGAGCUGGGCUUCCAUCAUCACCACCAGCCGACCACGGAUGAUUCCCCACGACCCUCGGUACAGUUCAAUAUGAGCGGCCGGCUCAGCAGGAGUAAGCUGGCCACACCCCAAAAGGGAAUCCUGCAGCAACGCGACUCGCUGACCUCCUCCAUGGACACCUUCACGCCGCGAGAUCAGCGCAGGCGAGGAUCAACCACCAGCCUGGGCCAGAAAAUCAAGAGCUUAGAGGCCCUGCCCCAGAUUAUGGAUCCCUAUCGCAGCAGCUCCAUUCCCCGCUUGCACUAUGGCUCCCACAUGGAACUGGGCGGCCCGGAGCCGGCUGUCUUUCCGCCCGGAGCACUGCCGCGUCCCCUGAAGCCAAAUCUGAAUCCCACGCGAAGGCAGCGCGGCCUGCUGAAGAUUAUCAACAAGGAGGAGCCGCUAGGAUCUCGUCUCCGGCUGCCACCUACACCUCGCUCGAAUUGGGUCAGCCUGGACGACCUGAGUAGGCCCUCCUUCGACGCUGGGAGCAGUCAGGCGACGAAGACCCAGGGUUUCCAAGGACGACGUCGCUCCAGCUCCACUUCACCUGAACGUCGCAGUUCUACGCAAACCGCCUCGGAUCGGAGAAGCUCCAACCUGAGCAGCGUCACUGCCACCACCUCGGACUUUAGCUUCCGCAGACCCACGCUCUCCACACUGCCAGCUUCCCAGACUCUAUCCCGGAUGCGUCGCAAGUCGGUGCAGGCGCCGAGUCCCAAUAGGAUUCCCAACAGGAUUCCCAGCUUCAGUCCCAGGAGACAGUCAAUCUAUCAGCGGGAUCAUGGGAAGGUGGCCAAGCCCAGCACGUUGUCGCCCAUCAUAGGGACUCCCAACAAGGACAGCAGCUCGGCGCAAAGUCCCACCCACAGGUCAUCGUUGAUGGGCGGCACCAUAGACACCCAAUCGGAGGUUUCCACGACGCGUCGGGAUUCGCUUUCAAGGAUUCCGGUGCGAAAGAGUCCUGAAUCUCGGUCUAGUUCACCGCUCAAGGACUUGGGCAUUACGGCCUCGGGAAGGAGUUCCCGGGCAAGCAUCGGCAGGUCACCCUCGCGAGGCUUGAGCAGCAGGUCUCCUUCGAGAUCAAUGAAUCCUAGCAGGACGCCAUCGCGGGAGAGCGGAAGACUGGGAUUAGACUCUCGCUCCGCUUCCAGGGGCCCCGCAUCGAGGCCGGGUUCUCGUUUGGAUCUGGCAUCCAGUUCCCGCUUGGAGAUGUCCAGCUCCCGGCAGGAUAUGUCCAAUUCACGUGGUAAUUCGCGAGCCAAUUCCCGCCUGAGCAUCAACUCCUCUUCGCUGCGAUCCUCUAGCAUUUCGCCCGCCACAGCUAUGGCCAGAAACAGGAGUCUGCGUUCCACAACGCCCGGCCGCCGGAAGUCCAUCUCCUUGAGUCCCACGAGUACUGGCAGGAUGGAUCGUCGGAAGUCCAUUAGUCCAGCUGCCUUGGGCCCCUCCCGAAGGUCUUCCAGUCGCACUGGCAAGGCGGAGCCUCCGCCGGAGAUUCUGUCACGAAGGAACUCUCGCUCCCGCAUUCCCACCAGAUCAUCAUCCCAGGUCAAGGCUGCGUCCAAAUCCCCGCCGACUUCCUCCAAGAAGAGAUCGAAAUCACCGGAGAAAACCAAGUCACAGGCCACGACGCCUAGAACUGGUAGAGCGGCGAUGGCUUCAGCCUCCAAGGGAAGCCCCAAAGCGAAGCCCAAGAUCCCUGCAAGUGCCAAACCCAAGUCCCAGAAGGAGUCCUUAGCAAAGACACCAGCGAAGCCUGCCAAGAAAGAUGGGCCAGGAGUCAAGGCAGCGGCAAAUGGAAAAAAGCCACCCAGCAAGGGAACUGCCACGAAGGAUACCAAAACAGAGAAGGGCAAAGAAAAGGAUAAGGAGAAGGGUAAACCGGCAGCCAAAGCCAAUGGCAAGGAACCCAUUGCUGCAGCCAGGACCAAAGCCCAAAUGAACAAGGCUAAGCCCGGUGGAGGAACAACACAGGAAAGCAAGAAACCCGCUGCCAGCAAAGCCCACGGAAUCACUCUGGAGAAGGGACCAGGAAAUGGUUCCAAUCCCGUAGGAGACAUACCUCCAUUGGCCGCCCAAGUGGGCAACGCAGUGCUCCAGGCGGUGGAAGCUGUUCCGGCGGUUACCAGCGAGGUAAAUGUACCCUCUACGCCAGGUGGCAAGGCAUCUGGCGGAGCCAAUAUGUCCAAGCUGGUGCGGAUGAGCUCCAGACUGAGCUUACUGAGCAACAAGAACCGAUCGGAUUCACCGCAGAGCAGGAAGGUGGCCACUCUGCCGGAACAUGCCAACGAAAGCGAAGAUACUGGAGGACACAGCUCCCUACCCAUGUCUAACGAUGCCGCUGCCAUUCUCGAAAAAUCACAAAAGACACUGGAGACCAUCCAAAAGACCGUAACCGAGGCCACCGACGAGAUCCACAAAACCAUCAGCGAAAAUCUCACCGAUUUGAAGAGCCUGGAGAAUGACCGAUUGAAUGCCGAUCCCUCACCCACGCCCAGCUCGACCACCAUAGUGGCCAGACCGGGUGAAUCCGCCUCUCGAACCGGCACAGCCGAUGGCAGUAUUGCACCCCAGAGCUCGGGAGAACAGCCCAAGUCACCGUUUCCACCAACGCAACCCAUCGAGGCAUCGGUUUCGGUGCUCCAUCCCAACGAGAGCUCCGCAGAGCGGAUAGCCAGUGUCCCGGAGGUGGAAUGCGAGAGCUCGGAUAUUCCCGCGCCACUAGAUGCUUCCGAGUCGGAACUGGGCGAAGGGCAUGAUGUUAUGCCCACACCUGAGAGUGGAGCGGACUUCAAGGUGGAUGCCAAGCGGCGAUCGCCGGACGGACAGGGUGGAUCAGCAGCAGGAAGCGGCGGCAUGGUCAAGAGCAGCAGUCAGGAGUUCCUUGAGGAGAAGGACAACAACAAUGUCAAGAAGCGUGGAGGCCUGUGUGGUUGCUGCUCCACCCUCUUUAUGCCCUGUCGCCGGUCCCGAUGCUCCCGUUGCUGCAUGCGGAACCGUGACCGAAAUCAGUCCGCCGAGAACCAACCUGUCCUCUGGAGCGGCAACAGCAGUGCCACCACAGCCACCAAUGUCCAAGUGAUUGACGAGACCAAGCCGAAGGGAAAGAAGCGAGUCACUGACUGGCUCAAAUCCAGCUGUUGUCGGAGCUGUCGCAAGAAGCCAGUGACUAGUGUAGAGGAGGAGCCUGAUCCUGUCGAGACAGAGGCAAAGGCGAAGAAGCAGAAACAGGAGACCAACAUUAGUAGUACAAUGGGACCAAAGCCACGCAGCAAGUGCGGCCUCUGCCUGAGCAAGGUGUUCUGCUGUCGGUCGGUUAACAAGGUGGAUCCCACCACAGGCGAUGAGACGGAGCUGAACAGGUGCUGCUUCUGCAUUCCGUGUCGUCGGGGCGGCAGCAGGCCCAACAAGAAGGGCAGCACCGUGUCCUGGCGCGAUCAGGAUCCGGAGAUGGGCAUCAAGCCCACCGAGUCGUCGGUGGUGGAAGGCGCCUCCGAGGCGGCCAUGUCAACAGCCACAAGUGCAAUGGAUAACCAGGCUAAGGAGGGCUGCUGCAAGCGUUUCUGGCUGAUGCUCCUGUGCUGUCGCAAGAAGAAACGUCGCGAGUCGAAUGCACGGAGGCAAAGCAUCAAGGCCCCGCCACCGAGCGAGGAUACCCGUAAGAAGCUGCACAACGACCUGGUGGAGUACACGUCCAAGAUGAAGGGAGCCAUUCCAGUGCUGCCGCUGUAUUUGGCGUGGUUUUGUGCCUUCUGCAACGUGGUCUUUCCAGGAUUAGGAACCCUUCUUUCGGGACUAUUUUGCCUGUGCGUGGGCAUUCCACGUUUCUCUCAGUUCGACAGCGCCCGGGCCAGGAUUGGAUCCUUCAUUAUCAACAUCAUUGUGGCCGUAUCCCAGUUCUUCUGCGUCCUCUUCUGCUUCGUUGGCUGGGGCUGGUCCAUCUGGUGGGGCACCAUAAUGCUAAGAUGUGCAAAAAAACUGAGCAAAAUUAAAAAGGUAGAACGUUUGGAGCUGGAGGAGGAGCAGCGCCAAGCCAAGCUGGCGGAGGAGGCGAAGAACGGCGAUGCCGAGGCGGCCAAGACAUAG